AGGGGAUCACAGACUCCGCGUUAUUUGAUAUAUAGAGAGAGAGAGAGAGAGAGAGAGAGAGAGAGAGAGAGUCGUCGUCUAUCAUCAUCUCCUUUGUAUUCUUCGUCUCCUUCCGCAAUGGCUUCGCCCGAUCUCCGCGGGCUGUCGCCUGCUCGAAGCCCCUAGAUCCUCUAGCGAUCUAGCCAUCUUCUCUCAUCCAUUUUUCAUGUCUUCUUUCCCUCGCUUGCAAUUGCAGCGAUCGUCUACCGAUGGGCGUCGAUCGGCCUGAAUUUGGCGCGAUUCUGGCGGGAGCCUUCUCCGAUGGAGUAAAUCGAUCUGGUGUCGUCUGAUUGACCCGUAAAUGGUUCUUACCGUCCUUGUCUUCGUGGGAUUCGUUGAUAGGUUGAUGUUGUAAGAGACAUAUAUGUUGUGAGUCUGGUUUUUCCUUUGGGUGUUUGGGUGUGAGGGGGUUGGGGUUGUUUGUUUUAAUUGGGGAAUUGUCUUUUGACUGAGAAUCGUGAUGGAGCCUCGCGUUGGCAACAAGUAUCGCCUCGGUCGUAAGAUUGGGGGCGGCUCGUUCGGAGAGAUCUACCUUGGAACAAAUAUCCAAACUAAUGAGGAAGUCGCCAUUAAGCUCGAAAGUGUGAAGACUAAGCAUCCUCAGUUGUUAUACGAGUCAAAGUUGUACAGAAUACUUCAAGGAGGAACUGGAAUUCCAAACGUUAGAUGGUAUGGAGUUGAAGGGGACUACAAUGUGCUUGUGAUGGAUCUGUUAGGGCCAAGUCUUGAAGACCUUUUCACCUUCUGCAGUAGGAAGCUUUCACUGAAAUCUGUUUUGAUGCUUGCAGAUCAGAUGAUCAAUCGAGUUGAAUUUGUUCAUGCAAAGAGCUUUCUUCACCGAGAUAUAAAACCUGACAAUUUUCUUAUGGGCUUGGGGAGGAGAGCGAAUCAGGUUUACAUUAUUGAUUUUGGCCUUGCUAAGAAGUACAGGGAUUCUACAACCCACCAACAUAUUCCUUACAGAGAGAAUAAGAAUUUGACUGGAACAGCAAGAUAUGCAAGCGUGGACACCCAUCUGGGCAUUGAACAAAGUCGAAGGGAUGAUCUAGAAUCUCUGGGAUAUGUUCUAAUGUAUUUCUUGAGGGGAAGUCUUCCAUGGCAAGGUCUUAAGGCAGGAACCAAAAAGCAAAAAUAUGAGAAAAUCAGUGAGAAAAAGGUUGCUACUUCUAUUGAGUCCUUGUGCAGAUGCUACCCAUCGGAAUUUGCUUCAUAUUUUCAUUACUGUCGUUCAUUGCGUUUUGAUGACAAGCCGGACUAUGCUUAUCUGAAGAGAAUAUUCCGUGAUCUUUUUAUUCGAGAAGGUUUUCAGUUUGAUUAUGUAUUUGACUGGACAAUUUUGAAAUAUCAGCAAUCCCAGAUUGCAAGUGGUCCUCCACGUGCUCUUGGUGCUGUUGCUGGAACAAGUUCUGGCGUAACUCCUGCUGCUAAUGCUGAUCGACAAUCUGGUGCUGAAGAAGGAAGAACAACUGGUUGGUCUGGAUUUGAUCCUUCUCGUCGGAGGGCAUCAGGGCUGGCUGGCAAUUCUGGUAGCUUAAUGAAGCAGAAAAAUCCAGUUUCAGGUGAAGCGAUGGUCAACAAAGAGAUGCUAGCAACUUCCGCGUAUAUAGGUAGGUCUGGGGGCUCAUCAAGGCGUGCUGCUGUCUCUAGCAGUCGAGAUGCUAUGUUAGGGAGUGAAGCCGAUCCUUCUCGUCCCAGAACUGCAGAUGCAAGUCCAGGUGGGUUUCGCAGGAUAGUCAGUGGGCAGAGGGGGUCACCUGUUGGUUCGUCUGAACAGAAACGUACAUCAUCAGGCAGGAACACCACCAACAUUAAGAACUAUGAAUCUACUCUCAAAGGCAUGGAAUGUCUGAAUUUCGAUACGGAGAAGGAGAGGAUGUAUUAGUAUAUCCAUUAUGUUGCAUUUUCUGCACAAGCAGACUGUAAAUCUUUCUGGUGUACCAUUCCCUUAGGACGGGGUAUUUUCUUCUUCUUUUUUUCAAAAUUUAAUUUUGUUUUUCCGGUGAUGGUGAGGGGGAUGGUUUGAACAUGAAAAUAAAUUAAUUCGGCUCUCGAGACCUGUAAUAAAUGAAAAAAGGAGAAAACGGGUCUGGUGAGCCAACCAAAGUCUUCUGUUAAUAUACCGCCGGUUGAUAGGGCACAAUUUCUGUUG